AUGUUUCAACGAAGCACCGGUGUCAUUGCAAGACUUUGUUUCAGAAAUCUCAACUCCAGAACCCUUUCAACUAUGGUCAACAAAACCUAUCUCGCCGAUCACAAGGCUCCAAUGAUUAUGUUGAGUGCUAAGGACUUUUUUGCGCAGCUCACUGGGGAAGAAAAACUGUAUGCUCACUACAUGUCCAAAGCAUCGCAUGCCGGGUCUAGGGUUAUUCUCAGACAAGUUUCGCACGAGAGUGAGAGCAUUUUCGAUCUGGUUUUGCAGAUCCAUGGUGGAUUGAAGGGUAAGUAUCCCAGUGGAGAGCCGUUUGAGUUUUACAUGGAGUACGUGGCUCAAUUCCUCUCGAACCUGGGGAACUACAAGUCAUUUGGGGAUUUAAAGUUCGUUCCGCGAUGCUCCACGGAUUUCUUUCUUGAUUUGUUGAAACUGGCCAACAUUGACAAGACAGUGAAACCAGUCACCGCCUCUUGUCCCUAUGGUACUUGGGAAGAGCUUGUGCGGAAAGGUGUGUACGACGUGGACGACAAGAGUGCCCUUUUGGGAUUUCCUUCUGAGGGCCACCAUUCUUCUUACUAUUUUGGUGACGUCUCUCCCGCAGACAUGCGGCUUAUCAAAGACGAAGUGUUUGCGAAAUUGAAGAUUCUACCUGAGAAUACCAGAGUGCGUAAAAAUAACAACACGUUUGAAAUCCUUGUGGCCUCAGAAGCCACUUCAAACACAGUGUCCCGGUAUCCUGAUGAGCCAGUUUCUUUAAGCAACGGUUCCCAAGCGAUUUUCAAGUUUGGUGAUCAUUCUCGCGAAAUGGCCAACAUCGCACAUUAUCUCGAAAAAGCUCGCGGUCAUGCCGCGAAUGAAACACAGGAGAAAAUGCUGGGUCAAUACAUUGAUCAUUUCAAGAGCGGUUCCUCCAAUGCCCACAAAGAGUCUCAAAAGCUCUGGGUGAAGGAUUUGUCUCCUGUUAUUGAGACCAACAUCGGCUUCAUUGAGACCUACAGAGAACCUUCCGGGAUAAUUGGCGAGUUUGAAUCGCUUGUGGCUAUCACAAACAAGAAGCGGACGGAGAAGUUUUCUAAAAUGGUUCAAAAUGCUGGAAAAUUCAUUUCCCUUUUGCCUUGGGAUAGCGCUUUCGAAAAACCAAAAUUCCAACCCCCAGACUUCACGUCUUUAGAAGUUCUCACUUUUGCAGGCAGCGGUAUACCUGUUGGGAUCAAUAUUCCAAACUACGAUGAUGUGAGAUUGAAUGUAGGUUUCAAAAAUGUGUCACUUGGAAAUAUCUUGAGCUCGUCAUUGGGUUCCAAGACUCCGAUAACAUUUGUCAGUGACGACGACCGUCAGGUUUUGGACAAGUACCAAAGUGAUUCUUUUGAAGUGCAAGUUGGAAUUCAUGAGCUGUUGGGGCACGGUUCUGGUAGACUGCUCAGCGAGCUAGAAGACGGAACCUUCAAUUUUGACAAAGAGCACCCUCCCUUGGGUCUCGACGGAAAGCCCGUGAGUACAUUUUAUAGGAAGGGCGAGACCUGGGGAUCGAAGUUCGGACAAUUGGCCGGAGCAUUUGAGGAAUGUCGCGCAGAGGUUAUUGCCAUGUACCUCAUUACAAAUCGCGAACUGCUAGAAAUAUUUGGUUUCAAGACGAAAGAAGAUCAAGACAACAUUAUUUACGCCGGAUUUCUGCAGAUGGCUCGUGCUGGUCUGCUUUCACUGGAAUUUUGGGAUCCCUCUACAGCAAAAUGGGGUCAGCCUCACAUGCAGGCAAGAUUUUCCAUCAUGAAGACGUUUUUAAAGCACACGAGUGACGACAAGUUCUUCGAGCUACUUCACACUAAAGAUGAUUUUUCAGAUCUGCGUCUCAAACUGGACCGCUCGAAGAUUGAGACCGUUGGACAUGCUGCGCUCAAGGACUACUUGACACAUCUUCAUAUAUACAAAUCUUCCGGAGACGUUGACGCUGGCAGCAAAUACUUCAUUGACAGAAGCACUGUCGAUCCAGACCUGGCCCAGUACAGACAAAUCGUUCUUGACAAAAAGUUGCCAAGAAGACAGUUUAUUCAGGCAAACACAGUCUUUGAGGGUAAAGAAGUGACACUCAAAGAGUACGACAACACGCCUGAAGGCAUCCUCAAUUCAUUCCUUGAGAGAGAGGUGUGA